AUUCCGAGCUCGAGAUUGAGAAAAAGUGUCAACGUUAUUUCCAAAAGAGCGGGAAGAGCUCCCUUAUUUCCCGCCAUUUUCCAUCUUCUCGUCGGAGCUUCACAAUUCUUUAUGUUUUUCUCUCUCAGAGCUGAGGAACCUUAAAUCGGAAGCCGUAGAAAGAUGCAGAUUAAGCUGAAAUGUAACUGUGGCGAAACCAAAUGCUUGGAAUGGGCCCUCGUUGAGUUACAAGGCGUAGUUGAACCUCAAUCCACCUUCCAAGAUCGCAUUCAAAACCUCGAAAUCGGCAUUCUAUGUCGGCCGUCUGCUCAGGAAAUGUAUACUUUUACGGUAGGGUACCAUGAGCUGACAGGAAGCAAAGUUUCUUUGAAGAAGCCAUUGUUGGUGUUGAAGAAAACGAGGUCUGUGGAUGAGGAUCAGAGUAGCGAUAUUAAAUCGGGUAAUGCAGAGUUGGAAGUGAUUGGGAUAAUCAGGCAGCGGAUUCUGUUUAAGACCAGACCAAAGGCACUCAUAUCCAGUGCGAUGUUUAAUCCUACUAUGGUUUUUGCUUCUUCAGAACCAGAGCCAUUGGUUAAGGAAAGAUCCCGUGCUUCAGGAUCUGCAGUGAAAGGCCAAACAACAUGAGUUCUGUGUUUAAAGGAAAGAGAACCUUAUCAAUCUUACUCCCAAGAGUACUGUGAUAAUACCUUUGAUCAAGUUUUAUUCAGAAGUCUGAGGUUUUGUCUUAUUGAUGUCGAGGUGUAGACUUUGGCUGAUGAUCGAGCAUGAACUUGAGUUUUAAUUAGUUAAUUGACAAACGAUUUUGUUCUCUUCCUUAAUAUAUUAUAUUCCUAAAACAUUAGGAGAAAUAACAUAUACUAUAGAUAACGAAAGACUAUAAUAGAUUUUUUAUAGCCUGUUUUUUUUAAAGUUCUUACGGUUCAUGUUAUCAAAACUAUGUGUUUUUUAUAGCAAUUUUUUGAAGCUAUAA